AUGACGACCGACGAUCGCACGUGUUAUUUCCCCGAAGGCAACGUCGCGUCGGGCACCUACCCCUGCACGUCUGAUGAUAUAACCAGUUGCUGUGGCACUGGCGGCAUUUGUCUAACAAACGGAUUCUGUCUCGAUGUAUCUCAGCCGUUUGUCGUUUCAAGAGGAGGCUGCACAAGCAAGGCGUGGGGCGAUGGAUGCCCAACUCAAUGCCAGGAUGUUACCAAAUCGGAGGGAGCGUCGAUAAUAAACCUGUCGCUAAUUAACGGUACCUCAUUAUACUGUUGUGGAACGCCCAUCUACAACGGGACAGAGAUUGUCUGUCCAUACGGAGAUAGCUUCACCAUGGACGAUGGCGAGAUCAUUCUAGGUCGUGCCGCACUUACCAAUGCCACAACGGUGUCAUCCUCGAACGCGACAAACUCCACCUCGGUGGUUUCUUCAAACUCUUCGACCACAUCUUCCUCUGCCUCAUCGGUACCAUCAUCUGGCAACUCGCAUGAUGUUGCGAUUGGGGCAGGAGUCGGUGUGCCGCUGGGUCUAAUUGCACUUGGCACUAUAGCUUGGGCACUCUGGGAGAGAAGGCGUGCAAACAAGCUGAGUCAAUCUCUUGUUGCACAGGGGAGCUAUACCGGUAGCUCUAUGAUCAAGAGCUCUGCACCUACGGAGUUGGAGUCUCACCGACCAGUACCUGAGUUGAUGUGA